UGUCAAGAUGGCGAUGCCCAUGAGGAGGACGCUGAUAGCUCUUCAUAGAGCAACAUGUAGCAGUUUGAAGAAUGCUGAGGCGUCCUUGGACAUUCGGCAUCCUGUCCCACUCUACUUGCCGGUCCGGACCAAGAAGCGGCACUUUGUUCCCCCGGCAGUGGGGAUGAAAGGGAAGAAGGAUGAGAGCAAAGAGGGCAAGGGUGGAAAAGCAGGCUCUGUUGUUAGUCAGCCGUACAUUGAGAGGCCCAUCCACAUCGCCUGCACUGCGGGAAUCUUUGACCCCUACAUCCCCCCAGAGGGCGAUGCUCGUCUUUCCACUCUGUCUAAAGAAGGCCUGAAACAGCGAACUGAGCAGAUACGACAGAGCGCUGCCUCACAGCUGGCGAUUCGUAAGAUCAAAGAGUACGACUCUGAGUUCACGACGAAGAAUUUUGCCGAGCGAGCUCAAGAAAUCUUUAUUGAGGCUCACAACUCCCUGACACAGUUCAACAAGGAGAAACUUCACUCCUUGGUGACAGAGAGGUGUUAUCCCGAGAUGACGAGGGGGAACCGUUACAAGACGAUCCGCUGGAGUUUUGUAGAGUCCCUGGAGCCACCCAGAGUGGUCCACGCCCGCUGCCCCGACAUGGUCUCCAAAGGCAACCUGUACGGCCAGGUGACGGUCCGAAUGCACUCCAAACAGACUUUGGCCAUCUACGACCGCUUUGGGAGGCUGAUGCUGGGCAGCGAGGAGCAGCCGAAGGACGUCUUGGAGUACCUGGUCAUAGAACGGCACCUCGUCAACCCCUACGGCCGAUGGAGGUUACACGGGAAAAUAGUGCCAUCCUGGGCUCCAGCCAAAGACCCAGUUAUUAAGACGGUUAUGAUUCCUGGUCCAGAGCUGAAGCCAGGACAAGAGUUUGACGCCCUCAACUAUAAAGUUCCCAAACCAGAGGCGGUUCAGUGGAACAAAUAAGCCACUGGAUGGCGCUGCUCUUUACAUCAAACCACAGUAGGACACUAUGAGCAGUCAUGCGCCAAAUGCUUUAAAAUUUGGCUUUGGCUGGUUAGUUUGUCCACUUUGGCAGGAAACCAGGCUUCCUUUGGAGGCUCUUAUCUGUUUGAAAAAUGCUGUUGGCUGAUGAAGCGCUGGAAGCAGCAGGUGAGUUUUAGGAUGAACAAACCUAUGAGUCCUGCAGCCAAUAAAGCGGCUUCCUUCCCUGUGACAAAUCACCACACAGCAGUCUGCAAUAAUAACAACAGCUUGUCUCUAGAAUUUGUUUCACACAUUUUCAUAUUGUUUUAAGAAUAACUUCAUGUGUACAUGCAACUAAAUAAAAUGCACAGAUCUCCAGAAACUGAA